CUAUCAAGGACAAUCUCAUCGUGUAUCUCUGUGGAAGUGACUGAAAUAACGACGUGGAGAAAACAAAGCGGACGUUGAAUGAAAGGUGAUGAAUCAACCCGACCCGGAGACGGAUCCACUGGAUGAUCUCUUCACUGAAUCUCAAGGACAGUCCACACUGGCACAAGAUUUGUCCACCCAUGAGCCCUCAUAUGAAAAAACACAUGAUGAACACAGGAGAAAAGGUUGGACAGGUAUAAUACCUUCUAUACCUGGUCCAUCUAGAUCUACCUUUUCCCAUCUUCCUCUGUCGACUUCCUCGUCCCAUCUGAACUCACCCUCUGGCCCUUCGAGACAUAUCCCUUCUCUUACUCCCAUACCGACAUCCUCUUUCCUUCAAAACCAGGCGGGCUCACCUACUGUUGGUCGAUUCAAAGAGCCAGAAAUCUUCGCGGAGAGGUUCAAAUACUUGAUAUGUUCUUCCGGCAUUCUGGAGAAAGAUUACGUGCCAGGUCUGAGUGGAGGUGUGGAAGAAAGCACGGACUCCGAUAUUUCCGGCGACGAACUAGACUUUCUACUUCCACCUGAUGAAUCCUUCGUGAAAAGCCGACUGGGAAGACUGAGGGAGUUGACGAAAGGUGGUGUUGAGGUGUAUGAAUUGGCCUUGAAGAGAUGGGACGUGACUUUGGCCGGCGUGAUCUUAGUAGGAUCGCUAGGAUCGUUGUUCAGGAGCUGGAAUGGGGUUUUGUUAUUGCUUUUGACACUGCUGGCUGUAUGUUUUUGGCCAUGGAGAUCUAAAUCUUCCUCUCCCGAAAUCCGUGAUACAAUUGAACCUUCUACUCGGUCUAAAACCACUUUAUCACUCACUUCCUUCCUCGACUCGUCCCGCUCAUUCGACCAGAUUGUCGAUACUGUUCUCCUCGCUCUCUCUCCGGAUUCUUCUUCGUCGACAUAUCAACCACUUCGUCUGACUCUCUACAGAACAUUGGACGACUUAACAGACGCAUUGGCUUCUGCUACUUCCACUCUACUAUCUUUGGUGGACAAAGAAGAGUUGGGUGUCCUAGGACAAAUGUACGAUAUUCCCGUUGUUGGGAGUUUUCUUUACCCAAGAAACAGGCAUCCGGAUGCAAGUGUCGACUCGAUAGAUGGAUUACCUGAGGGGGUUCCAUCUUUCUCUCCUCUCUUCAGGGGGAAUGUACCUUCACCCCGAAAACCCAUUGGUGGGACUUCGACGCCUCCUACCGAUAUAUCCACUCGUCUCGCCCUCAUGUACUCCCAAGAAGAUCAGUCCGACAAGCAUUCGGACCAGAACACGAACAGUUCUCUCGCUAAACACGAAUCAUCUCCACCGCUGCUCAAGGAAGCUCCGAAUGGAAUUAUACUUGGGACAUCUCUUCCAAACAGACCGAUGAGAAGUCCCAGUCCAGCCACACCAAAUCAACCUGAUCCUCAUCUCCCUCAUUCCGCUCCAGCACACCAUACCCGAGCGUUGUCCCUGGCCUCCGACGAUAGAUUCACCAGUCUACCUCCCCGUACACCGAGGUUAUCGAAAAAAUCUAGUUUUGACAGAGAGAUAUGGGCUAUAGUAAGGGAAGAAGCUAUCCGUCGGCCGAAACAUGAAAGAAGGAUCACAGAGGCGGAUGAAGAGGAUGUGGAUGUUAUACCGAAUUCUGCUCCCGGGUUGAUGUUUCCUACGUCUGCCGCAACCCCUCACGAGCAUACUUCACAAUCGGCGGAUCCAAUUCGACAGGGCUUGGAGAGAGUCGGUCUGGGUUUAGGGGUGGAAGCUUUUGAGUCAAACUGGGAAGACAACAAUACGUCACAACUCAAUUCUCCAUGGUCAUCAUCAGUUGUGAGAGAUACGCAUCGAAUACGACCUGUCUCCCUCUCUCCACCGCAAAUUCAUCACAAGAAUCGAAUUAGACCCUUAUCUCUUUCUUCGUCUCCUUAUCGAGAAAAUACAUCCUCCAGAAAAUCUGACUCUAUGGUGACACCUCGACCCCUGCAACCAUCGCCAUCAAUCGCUACGUCGGAAAAGUCGUCACAUCUUCUGUCGGAAAGGAAGAAGCAGGACGAUAUCAGACUUGGAAGUGUUCCGACUUCUCAGGAUAAUUCACCUUCCAUCGAAACCUCGAAUGCGUCAUUAUCCCGUAGUACCAAACGUCUUUCUCUCCAGAACUUGACAUACUAUCGGUCUGACUCUCCUCCCUCUCAUUCGUCACAGAGCAUCUCUGGCACUUACAACCUUUCGUCAGAACUCCAAGAAGUCAGAUCUCGUCUUGCGACUGGUAGAGGGUCAAGACCCGGUUCAAUCUACUCUAUAUCGUCUCACCCUUCUAGUCCUCACAAAUCUGUCCCAUCCAAUUUGACAAGUUCAUCAGGCCUCCCCCACCCCAGUCGUCUUACACACCCCGAACGAGCAUUCCCGACUCCUCUAGGCCUACCCAUUUCUAGUGAUAACCAUCCGAUAGGUCUCACUACAACACCCUCAUCACCUUCUUAUCCUUCUACCGGUACUGCAGGUUUUUCACGGACUAGAGGAGAGAAACUUCACCGCGUACCGUCUGUCUCUCCAUUGACCGUCCCGGCUCUCAAAGCGGGAUGCUUAGGAGUUCAUAUGAAACGACGUCGGAUGGCAUGUUGUUUGCUGGCUUUGAGGUUCAAGUCGAACUCAGGAGGAUAUUCUGGAACGGAGAGAGAAUUCCCUGGUCAUCUAAAGAGUUUUACAUCUCCUGCGCAGCGGGAAGGAUCUUCCCUCUCCCAAGAUGACCUUGAUCUUACGAGUGGAGAUGGUGGAGACGUUGAUGGAGCAGAAGAGGCAUAUUGGGAAGAGGUAAGGGAUGUCUUAGAUACUCUCCGUGAUGCCUUGAACGACGCGACAGAGAAGUUACAAAUCGCGUUGGAAGAUGUUCAAGGGGAUUUGUUUCACAAGGCGAAGUGGAACGCUACGAAUGGAACUCCAGAGGAAAUAUCUCGGAUCGGUGCAGUUGACGGUGACUUUGGGAAGAACUCUUCCAUCUCCACAAAUAAAGGAUGGGCGAAUGGGAAGUCUGAAGAUGUUGGAAAGAGGUGGAACACAAUUGGAGAUUAUGCUCCUAGGGACGAUGAAGUGGGGUUGGUAUUGAAUCAAGUGGAGGGAAUGCAAAAUGGUUUGAAAAAGACUUGGCAAGAUUUAGAAGAGAUCAAACAACAUCUGUAUCAACUCGGUCUCCCCGAAUUUCAUCCUUCUGAAAAUCAUCUUGUCCCUAACGAACAAUCCUAUCUCACUUCUCGUCCGAACAAAGUCGAGAAACCGUCCGUGGAGGGAUUGACAGAGGAAAGACAAGGCCGAAAGCGCGAGGAAACGGUUGAGAUGGGGAAAAGAAUUGAAGAGGUUAAUAUAAGAUGGAAAUCGGUCCGUAAACAAUUAGGUACUUUGGUGAAAGAUUGGGAAAAAGGUAAGAAAUCUUUAGAUCGAAUAAAGUCUCAGUUGGUCAUUUCUACUGGGAAUAUCUCAGAGACGGAUGUGGGGGAAUUGAUUGGGUUGGUAGAUGGUGUAAUGGUUGGGGAAGGGGAUGAAGCUGAACCUUGUUUUCUGGAUACAUGGAGGGAAGCACGAGAAUUUUCCGAAGUAUCAAAUUUUGAUCACACGGAUUCUUCACAACGGAUGAGAAACACAGGUGUCGGCCACUUGGAUCCUACCCCACAGAGCAGAAACACGGGCAUUGGACAUACGGAUCCUUCACCACAGAGCAGAAAUACAGACAUUGGCCAUACGGAUCCGUCAGCACAAAGCGGAAAUACGGUUACUGAAAUUGACAAGGUGAGGAACGGAGGGACUGCAAUGAAAGAGAUAAAAGGGAGAAACGAAAUGAUCGAAAUACUUCCUCCUCCUGGUGAAGAUAUAAUAUUCGAGGUCGUUCCUUCCAUACCAAACCCCCCUUCCCGCUUUCCCACAUCAACGUCAAGAUCAAAGAUGACAAUUGGGAAGAUAAAUUCACAAAGAAAAGAUAUUGGAAAUAUAUCUCAGGAAUUUGGGAGAGAUAUAGUAGGGGAAGAUGAUGAUCAUGACGUUGAGAAAGAAGAAGAAGAAGAAGAGAGACGAAUGACAGAAGGGAUGGUAUUGAAAGAAUUACAAAGUCUUAUGGGGAUGAUAAGGUUGCGUAAAGGUCAAUCGGGGGGUUUGGAUAGAAAUGAACAUCAGAAUCAGACUCGAUAUCAAGAUCAUAAUCAUAAUCAAAGUCAGUAUCAUAAUCAUAAUCAAUUUCAAACUCAAACUCGAAAACAAAAACCAACUCAAGAAGAUUCAGAGUCGUCGGUGAAGUUAUCGAAGGAAUCGGAGAAAGGUUCUUCUUCUUCUUGGGGAAUAUCUGGAGGGUUGGAUAAUUUGGAUAAUGUAAAAAAUCUGUAUGAGUUGGAUAAAUCGGAUAAUCAACAUUCGAGUCUGAGGAUGGGUAUGAUGUCCGAGUCGGGGACAUCUUUACCAGCUUUCCGACAAAGUCCAUCUUUACCACCUGUACGUCCUCAAUCAGCACCACAAUCUCUACAGUCCUUGCCACCUCAACAAUCUUCAUCUCUACAAUCUGUAGAUUAUCCAACGAGUCAAUCUUCACCUGAUCAAUCGACCCAAUCGUCCAGCGUACAACGACAACCUCCAACAUGUCGAUCACCAACAUCUUCAAUUCCAGCAAGUUCAACGUCAGCUACAUCUUCAAUCUCAGCUACAUCAAGACACAUCAGCCGACCUACAUCUCCCAACAGUACUAUAUCUCCAAUCACAACGACAAACUCUACCGCCACCCCCACCAACUCUGUACCCUCCCUCAACCCUUCCACUCUCCAAUCACUUCCCACAUCCACAUCCACAUCCACAUCCACAUCCACAUCUUCACCUCCUCACCCUGAACUCAACUUCAACCCAGAACUCAAUCCCAAUCCCAAAGUCGAGAUGAAACAAAAUUUUCCCGAAACCAUCAACCACCUACCUCCCACCUCCCUCCCCUCUGAGACAAACCACAUCAACAUACCUAAACACUCCUCCCCAUCUCAAUAUUCACCCAUGAUCCAAAGAAACGGUGUGAUGACGGAUAUCACAAGAGUGAAGGAAAUUGAGAAAAACCAAUUAUUCUCUGAACUCCUCAAUGCUCUUCCUCCUCCACAAACAGCAAUGUACAGUGCUGAACCGGGUUGA